AUGAGCUCGAAUCCUCAAUCACCCGACCUGGCACUGAUACUAUGGCUCAAAUCACUCGAUCUGCCUUACUUUCAAACCGAUUCUUCAUCCGAGCAGCCGAGAUCAUUCGAUCGAUUGAGUCAGAUCAGCGAUGGUGAAAUACUGUGGCAACUACUCUCCAGUCUUGAUUCGGCUUUCUUUCGAGCUCCCAGACCGUCGUCUAUCAGUGAAGCCCUGUCGGAAGCCUGGGUGCUCCGAUUCACCUCAUUCAAAAAGAUGUAUAAACUAAUCGUCCGUUAUUUCGAAGAGGAAGUCAGAAAAUCAACCAGAAACGUCAAAAAUCCAAACCUACAGAAAGUUGCAAGGGAUGGAGAUGUAACCGAGAGUAUCUCAUUGUGUAUGAUCAUUCUAACGCUGGCGACAUUGGUCCAGCCAGACGCGCACGUUCCCAAAAUACAGGCAUUACCCACUUGGGCACAAACAGCGCUGAUGGUUGGCAUUGAAGCCGUCAGCAGUCAACUCAUCACCCUCGAAAUGAACAGAAGUCCUCAUAGAGAUGUCGGUCUAUCGGGUGAAGGCGAAGAUGUGCGCUCACUCGAAGAUACACUAACUAGACCUAGGUCCUCCAACUCUAACUACCGAGAAGAAGACUCGACCCUGUUAGAACGCCUUCGUGCCCUCGAGGUAGAACACAGAGACCUUCAAUCUGAAAUGAGACUGCUACACCAAACCAACCAGGACACCAAUCACAAGCUGUUCAUGACUGAACAGGAUUUGAAAGCCUCACAGGAAGAAUUACGGAACCUUGAACUCGAACGGACCUCCAACCACCGUCGCCGCGAACAUGAUUUCGAGCCGGCCUCAGAUGAUGAUGGUUCCAACUCGGAUCAUCCCCACCGAAACUCACACAAUCGACAGGAAUAUCUUCUUCGGGGCGAACUCGAACAAUCAAAAGCCGAGCUUACCAAUCUAGGUGUCAAGCUGGAUCUCGCCGAAGAGACCAAUGAGAAAAACGCCCGGACGAUGGAGGACAUGCGGAAGAGGUUGGAUGAGCUUGGGGACGUGGAAGAGGUUAACCGUGGAUUGAGAGAUCAGCUUGAUGAGGUUCGACAUGAGAUGGAACGUGCCCGGAAGCUGGAAAACGUGAUUGAGAAAUACAAAAAAAAACUGGACGAGUCUGCGGAUCUUCGCAGGCAGAUGAAGACCUUGGAAGAACAAAACUCAGAUUUACUCGAUCGGCAUACGGCAUUAGAAGAUGAAUAUCACAAAGUAGUGGCUUUUAAACCGCUGAUGGAGCAAUACAAAUCCAAGAUUGCCACGUUAGAAUCCGAACUUUCUUCUCAAAAACGGGAAAACGACCGAUUACAGUAUGAAUUAGACGCUACUACGCUCAAGUUACAAAAGGCCGAAGAAGAACGCGAUCGAGAAGGUGAAGAACUUGCAUUAUAUGAAGAGAGGGUGAAGGAGCUUGAAGAGGUGACCCCGAUCACACAUACGCGACGACGAAAGAAAACCACAGAAACUGAGGAGGGUGAAGAGGGUGAUACAUCGACGACCGCCUUCGACGCAAGUUUCGAUCGACACGUUGAUGAGGAAACUGGGAUCAUCGAAGGAAUCGGCGGUGAGCUGAAUGAUGCGAUCGAAGGGCGAACGAUGACCAGUCUCAAACUUGAACUCAGGAAACUACAACGCGAAAUCAAAAUCCUCAGGAGCGCUCAAGAUGAAGAUGACGAUGGCGGAAAUGGAACCGGAAAGAAAUCUAGGUACCUCGUUCUUGAAAAUCUAUUAGAAGACGCCAACCGGAUGAAGCGCAAGUACGAGGACGAUUAUUUAAAGCAAUACAGAGAAACACUCGUCCUGACAAAUCAACUAGAAGAGAUCCGAAGUGGCAAAUCAAUGAAUGGUGAAGGAGCAGAGGCGUCGAUAGCACUGAGACAGAGGCUUAAUGAGACAACGGAGGAACUGGAGAAGCUGAAAGCUGAACACAUUGAGCUAACGGUCUCGUACGAGCAAGUCAAUCACGAGCUUACUCUGACCAAGUCAGACCUCAAUCUAAUCGGGAAAGAUCAGCUGGAAAUGCUCAGUUCACUGAGGGAUUCAGUUUCGACGGAGAAGAUCGCCUUGAUGGAUGAACUCGAUCGACUCAAGAAAGAACAAGGAAAUCUCCGGGACCAACUGGCGAUGAAAACCGAACAGAUCCAAUCCCUCUUACUUGAGAAAAUCAACCUCCAAUCGGAUUCGAUCGACCAACGCGAGAGGCUGCUAGUCCGUGAACGAGAGCUCAGUGGCGGACAAGUGAAAAGUCCGAAGACGAACGAGCUCUCCGAGGAGGCUAGGACAAAGUUGGGCGUAACUGAACAACUUUACAAAGAGAAGGACGACGAAUGCCGGAUGCUUAAAGCUAAAUUAGACAAGGCGAAAUUAUUCAUCAUGAGUCAGGAUAAACUAUACAAAGAAUCCCCGGUUGACAUUUCCUCUCUGACUAGCAAUUAUGACGAAACCGUGCAGACGUAUCAAGCUGAACUAAGUUCCUCUAAAGAUCUUAUUGACAGGCUGAGGAAUCAAUAUCAUGAGAUGGAGACACGGUACGCAAAAGAAUUGCGGUUGAUGGUCUCGGCAUGGCACAACUUAGGUCAGCAGAAGAUGCGUGAGACGAUAGCGUUAAAUCGCAACGAGCACUCAAAUCCAAGCGGGCUGGGUCGACAGACGUCGUCCGGGGUUGGCUACCGGGUCGGGUCGGGUAACCAGCACCUGGGCAAGAACGGCGCAGGCUCGGGGCCGCGUGGAUCGUCCAGCCACUCGAAUAACCUGGGCUUCGGCGGCCAGCUUAGACCUCAAAGUUGGGUCAAACAACAGCGCGAUCGGAUGAUCAAUCAAUAUGCUCUUGUGAGUUUACGAAGCCAUCAUUUUACUACCUAA